AAUUACAAUUAAAAUUAAAAUAAUUUUUUUUAAAAUAAAAUUAAUUAAAUCACCCCCAUUGACAUCUCAUGCCAAUUUUGAGCACAUUCAGCGGCACCCCUCCUCCACUCAUCUUCUUACAACACAUCAUUUCUAGAGAGAGAAACUCCACCUUCUUUCUUAGACAGAGAAACUCACCUUUUUCUAGAGAGAGAAUAAUUUUAGAGAGAGAAAGUGUGUUCUGUUGUGUAGUGUGUUUUUUUACAGAGUGUAGCAACCUCACUCCAACCCAUCCUUCUUCUCUCACUACAAUCCGCCAUUUUUAUACCUUCAUUCAUUUUCUCUCUCCUCCCAUUUCUCCAUUUUUAUCACCCCCUUUUUCUUCAAUUCGACGCGCAAAAACCCUAAUUUCUCUCUCCUCAAAAAACCCCUCAAAAGUUUCCCCUUUUUCUCUCUCCCCUUUUUCAAUUCAAUUCAACCCCAUUAUCAUUAUCAUCAUAAUUUAAGCAUUUUUACCCAAAUUAUGCUUUCCCCAUUUUUUCCCACCUUCUUCUUCCCAAUGUACAGUCACUCUUCAAUCUAGCUCCAAUUUUCUCUCUCCUAGGGUUUUAAUUUCAGUAAUUUAACGAUGUUUUUCAGUAGUAGGAGUAGUAAUAGAAGUAGUAUUAACAAUGGCGGGUUAAUUUUCCCCAUUUUCUCUCUCCUAAUUUUGAUUAUUAUCACUCCAUCUUUGGUUUUCUGCAACUCUGAUGAAGUUCGAGCUCUGUUAGAGUUCAAAAAGGGGAUCCAUGAAGAUCCACUUGGGAAAGUCAUUCCGACAUGGAAUGCGACUGCUGUUGUGACUGCUUCAGAUCUCGAUUCUUGCCCUACCUCCUUUCAUGGCGUCGUUUGCGACGAUGCGUCGAACUCAGUCGUCGCCAUUUCUCUUGAUGGUUUGAAUCUCAGUGGUGAGUUGAAGUUCAGUACCUUAAUUGGGCUAAAAAUGCUGCAAAACCUAAAUCUUAGGGGAAAUAAUUUUACUGGUAGAUUAGUUCCUCAAUUGGGUUCAAUGAAUAAUUUGCAGAUUUUAGAUCUGUCUGAUAAUUGGUUUAUUGGUCGGAUCCCAGAAAGAAUUCAUGAUUUAUGGAACUUACAACACUUGAAUUUGUCGAAUAAUCAGUUUUCUGGGGGUUAUCCUAUCGGAAUUCGGAACUUACAACAACUUAGGGUUUUGGAUGUGCAUGCAAAUGAGCUUUGGGGUGAUAUUGGUGUGUUUUUUUCUGAGCUUAGGAAUGUGGAGUUUGUUGAUUUGAGUAUGAACAGGUUUUCCGGUGGACUUCCGGUUGAUUCUUCGAAUGUUUCGAGUUUAGGGAACACGAUUCGACAUAUGAACUUAAGUAGUAAUCUGUUGGGUGGCAAGUUCUUGACGGCUGAUACAUUGUCAUUGUUUCAGAGCUUGGUGGUUUUGGAUUUGGGGGAUAAUAUGAUUGGGGGAGAACUUCCGUCUUUCGGGUCGUUGUAUAAUUUGAGGGUUUUACGACUUCGAAACAAUCAGUUGUAUGGAGAGGUACCUGGAGAGUUGCUUGCUACUUUGAUUCAAUUGAAGGAAUUGGAUCUUAGUGGAAAUGGGUUUUCGGGCUCUAUUCGUGGCAUCAACUCAACAACAUUGGAGAUACUUGAUCUUAGCUCAAACAGGCUGUCUGGUAGCUUCCCAGAGUUCAGUUCUCAAUCAGGUUUGACUACUUUGAGAAUCAGUAACAACUCCUUAGAAGGCAGCUUGCCCUCUGAAUGGCGUCAAUUUGCAAAAUUAUCUAAGAUUGACCUGAGCAUCAACAACUUGGCAGGGCGAAUCCCAUCUGCUUUAUUUUCAUUGAACUUGAGAGACUUAAAUCUUUCUAAAAACCAUUUCAAUGGAGCAAUCCCCUUCCCAGAAUCUACUACUGUUGGUGAAUUUCUGGCUCAGCCUGUUUUUGCACCAUUGGAGUCCUUAGAUCUUUCUGACAAUUCAUUAGUAGGCGAUCUAUCCAAAGAUAUAGGACUCUUGGGUAGGCUGAGAUCACUGAAUCUUGCAAAAAAUAGCUUAUCAGGACAUAUACCUAAUUCAUUAGUCAAUAUAGAUGGGUUGGAAUCCCUUGAUCUGUCAAACAAUCAAUUCAAGGGUCACUUGCCUGGUAAGCUUCCUCCAAAUCUUAAAUUAUUAAAUGUGACCUAUAAUGAUCUGUCCGGUACAGUCCCUGAAAGCUUAAGAGCAUUUCCACCAAGUUCCUUUCAUCCUGGAAAUGAGAAGCUAUAUAUCCCAGGUGAUGAAGGAUCACCAGGUGGUGGUUCAAAUUAUGUAUAUGGAAAGAAUGGGCAUCGUGGCUCAAAGUCUAGUAUCAAGAUUGCUAUUAUUCUAGCCUCAGUGGGGGCUGCUCUCAUGAUUGCAUUUGUUGCACUAGCCUAUUAUCGUUCUCAGCAUCAUGGGAGUAGCAAAUACAAUGGGGCAACAACUGGAAGAGAUGUUAAAGUUGGAAGAUUUACUCGGCCUUCACUUUUUAAAUUUAAUGCCGGCCCUGAGCCUUCAGAUACAUCAUUGAGUUUUUCUAAUACUCAUUUACUUCCCUCAAAUUCAAGAACAUUGUCUGGGCAGGCUGAACUUGUGCCAGAGUUUGCUGAUCGUGCAGCAGCUGCAUCUAGUACUUCCUAUGUGAAGCCCAAUCUCCCUGACAAUCCUAUGGUGACAUCAGCACGGAAGUCUCCCCCAGGCUCUCCACAUUCGUCUUCACCUCGUUUCUUUGAGACAUUUGAACAACCUGUAACAUUGGAUGUCUACUCACCUGAUCGGUUUGCUGGAGAGCUGUAUUUCCUCGAUACAUCACUUGCAUUUACAGCUGAGCAGUUAUCUCGAGCCCCAGCUGAAGUUCUUGGUCGAAGUAGUCAUGGUACGUUAUACAAGGCCACACUGAAUGGUGGACACAUGUUAACAGUGAAGUGGUUGAGGGUAGGAUUGGUGAAAAAUAAGAAAGAAUUUGCCAAGGAAGUCAAAAAAAUUGGUUUGAUGAGGCAUCCUAAUAUAGCUCCUGUACGAGCUUAUUACUGGGGACCCAGAGAACAGGAGAGACUUAUUUUAUCAGAUUAUAUCAAUGGGGAUAGCCUGGCACUUCAUCUGUAUGAAUCAACACCGCGAAGAUAUUCUCUUUUGUCAUUCACUCAAAGGUUGAAAGUUGCUGUUGACGUUGCACGCUGCCUUGUCUAUCUUCAUGAUAGAGGCAUGCCUCACGGAAACCUAAAGCCAACAAACGUAAUCUUAGCAGGGCCUGAUCUCAGUGCAUGGGUGACUGAUUAUGGCUUACAUCGCUUAAUGAUGCCUGCUGGAGUCGCUGAGCAGAUUUUGAAUCUUGGGGCACUGGGUUAUUGUGCUCCUGAACUUUCCAAUGCCUCCAAGCCAAUGCCCUCAUUGAAAGCCGAUGUGUAUGCAUUUGGAGUGAUUGUUAUGGAAAUUUUGACGAGAAGAAGUGCAGGUGACAUCAUAUCAGGGCAAUCAGGUGCUGUUGACCUCACAGAUUGGGUUCGGCUCUGCGAUCAAGAAGGACGGCGCGGUGAUUGUAUAGAUCGCGACAUUGCAGGGGGAAGUGAACCCUCGCAAGCAAUGGACGAUAUGCUCGUUAUAUCCCUUAGGUGUAUUCUUCCUGUAAAUGAGCGACCUAACAUUCGACAAGUCUAUGAAGAUCUCUGUUCAAUAGCUGGUUGAAAAAUCUCUGUACAUGGUUUCCCAGUAGCCUCUUACCACAGACUUCCUUUUUUGGGUUAGUUUUAUUCUUCCCCCAGCCCCUUUGGUAGUCUUCUCACUUCUGCAAUCGGUUUCGGAAGGCUUGAAUGUGGGGUGAUUGAUCUCAUUCUUUAUUUCAAAUUUUUUCUUGUGUAAAGUUACGAUUGAUCCCAUUGUUUGAUUGACACAUUUUUGAGUUUGAUGAAGAUGGUGCACUGAAAGCUGGCUGCAAUUUUUUUGGGUGCCUUCUUUCACCAUCCCUUGCUUAAUUUAAUGGUUACUAAUGUCUUUAUUCACAUUUCUUGUUUAAUUAGGGUUUGUACUGCUUACUUUUACUAGUAUUAAUUUAUCCCCACAAAUUUUCUAUUAA